CCAGGGUUUUGAUUCAUUCCGUUCUAACAUGGCAGCCUCCGCCAUAAAGGGGCUAACCGCACUGCGUUCCAGGACUGGUCGGCCUAUUGCGUUUAUCAGAAAAAUUCCGUGGACCGCGGCAUCGAGUGAGCUGAGAGAACAUUUUACACAGUUUGGCAAUGUAAGAAGGUGUACUGUACCUUUUGACAAAGAGACUGGCUUUCACAAAGGCAUGGGUUGGGUUCAGUUUUCUUCUCAGGAAGAACUUCAGAAUGCACUACAACAAGAACAUCAUAUUAUUGACGGAGUAAAAAUCCAUGUUCAAGCUCAAAGAGCAAAGGUUUUGCACGGAGCUCAAACAUCUGAUGAAGAAAAAGAUUUCUGAGAUGAUCAGUGUACCGUCCAUUAAAUAAACAGAACUGAGACUUUU